GAUUAUUAUCAAGUUUGGCCCGUUAUAAAAGGAGUCGAGGCCCAUCAUGCCUCCACUUGCAUGAUUGCUUCGCAACGGGGCUUUUCGGCUUCUUCUAUGAUAUCCCAGUAGCCGCAGCAGCGAUUUCACAAAAAUGAGAACCAAGUUAAGAAUUUGGUGGCCAAAUCAACUAGCUUCAUCUGAACCAGCAACACCUUUGAAUAAGAAUAAUCUCUUGCUCGGUUGGUUUGCUUCCUGUUCUUCUGUUUCUGUUGAUGUUGUAGUGGCCUUUGCUUGCAACGAAGCUUCAUUUUCUCACUCCAAUUCUACUCUCCAGGAGAUUCUCCGCGGCGUAAAUGGGAAAAUGCCUGUGUUUUUACAGGAGAGAGCGGCCUUUUCGCUUUUGGGUCAGUGUGUUUUGUAUGGAAGAGGUAAUGGGAAAAUGUUGAGGGAUGGAAUGGAAGGUGGUGAUUGGAGGAAUUCAUUUACUGAUGGUUUUGAUUCGGUGAUGAAUAGCCGGGAUCUGUCCGAUGGAAAGGAUGGAGGGAGUAGUUGUGGGUGCAAUGAACUUGAUGGGUCGCAUGAACAAUGCAGGAAAGAGUGUGUUGAAAACGGGCUUUGGAUUGGGUUGGUGUAUGAUUCUUGUGAAGGAUAUGGUAAAGACGUUCACCGGGUUCCAAAACUGCAUCACUUGCAUUGGAAUGGGCAGAUAGUUUCUCAUUGCAAUGUUCACGUUGUCGUUUAUGAAAUUCCUGUGUAUGGGGUGCACCAUUUCUCACUGAAUCUUUGGAAGUCUUCCAAGCCAGUGAAAGAUCCUGUCAAGAAACCCAAGUGGGUUAAUGAACUUGAGAAAAAUCAGCCUCUAUUGGACUUGGAUACAGUCAUUCUGGCUAUCAACAGUGCUGCAGCUGCUAAAUUAGCUCUUGAGACACAUGUAGGCUUUAAGAGAUCUGUUUCUAGGUUUUUCAUCAUCAUCAGCAGGUCUAUUGCUUUCAUGUGGCAAGUAUUGGCCAUUUUUGUGGCAACAAUUUCCACUCUAUUCUACAUUGUUCUCCAGUUAUUCCAUAAUUUUUCAAGUUUUGGAUCAAAAACACGGAUAUACACUACAUCAGCGAUGGUGUUCUGCACUACAUGGACACAAAUUCAAAUCCGCUGUUGUCAGAUUUUGUACUGGCCCAUCGUACUUCAAGAUAAUGGCCUUAGGUCACAGUCAUGCGUGGAAUAUAAGGAGAAUGCUGCGUUACAUAGGAAUUCUAUGUGGUCAAGUUUAGCUGUUGAUCUUCUUGUGGGAAAUUUGAUGGGCUUGGCACUCUUAGUUCAUGCUGAAUCUGUUUGCCAAUGGAUUUUGACCUUUGCCAAUGUCAUUACCAAUGAGUUAUUGCGCUCAGGUUCUGUGUGGUUGAUGGGAGUGCCAGCAGGUUUCAAGUUGAAUACAGAACUGGCAGGAGUUCUUGGCAUGAUUUCUCUUAAUGCAAUACAAAUUUGGUCCACCCUUUGGAUCUUUAUUGGUUUUCUCUUCAUUUAUUUCAUCAAAGGACUUGCUCUACUGGGGAUUCUUUUUGGGGCAACUAUUCCUGCUGCUUUGAUCAUAGAUAUGGUUUCCAUAGCAACAUUGCAUGUGUCAACUCUUCAUUGGGUAAUCUCACUUUUGUAUUCCUGGCAAAUUCAGGCUUUAGCAGCUCUGUGGCGUCUUUUCAGGGGUCGAAAGUGGAAUCCUUUGCGUCAGAGAUUAGAUAGCUAUGACUACACUGUGAAGCAACAUAUUGUGGGUUCCCUUCUGUUCACUCCACUUCUCCUUCUGUUACCAACAACUUCUGUUUUCUACAUGUUCUUCACCAUUUUGAGCACAACCAUUGCUCUUACUUGUAUAUUGAUUGAAGUCACAAUAUCCAUGAUUCAUAGCACACCAUAUAUUAAAAUUUUCCUUUGGUUGAUGAGACGGAGAAGAUUUCCCUCUGGGAUUUGGUUUGAAAUUGCAUCUUGUCAGAAUGAUUCUCUGGAGUUUGCACGUCAUGACAAAGUAUGUUCUUCCUCCAAGAAGUCUUAUCGAAACAACGACAGAGGCAAAAACAGAUCCAGCAUUAUGGUCUCAUUUCUCCACAGCAACUUUUUAAGUAUAGGACAAGUAGUUUUGCCUCACUAUAGAAAGGUUUUCUCUGGAGUUUCUGAUUUUGCCAUUACAUCAGCUCAUGGAGCUCUUACUGGUAAAAGAACCGUAUCUACUUUGGGGACCUGCCUGCCUUCAACAAUGCCAUGGUUGUCUAUCCCGGCAAGAGAGUAUUGGUGCCUCUGCCGCAAUUCAGUUCUUGCAUGCAUGGAAGAACGUGAUUGCAAUGAAUGUCAAUGAUUUGUUUUACCUAAUUUGAGUCUCAGAAUCCUGCAUCGUUUCCUUGCCUUUUUUUCCCGUGGUGUGGAAAAGUUGUGCGGAUAGCCUUUCUCAUCCUAAUGUGCAUUCUGCGAGGGAAAGGAUAGAUGUGUUCUAUUAGAUGAAAAAAGAAAGAAAGAAGAAGAUUAAGAUUAUCAAUGAA